AUGCCGGUAAUAGAUGAAUUCGCCACCAACAACAGGGGGUGGUCGAAAGAAAGGCAUAACAUGAAGAGGAUAGCUGUAAUUGAAGAGGCCGAGGAAAGUUCUUUUGCGAAGGAAUUGGCCGAGCUCAGAGUUAGGGUGGACCAAAUGGAUACAUCAAGGAAGGAGGAUCCGAUUCCACCGACCUCCAUCAUAGUGGUCUCUAAACCCGAAACUCCUGCCCCGAUAGUGGAGGAAAUCAACUACAUGCAAGGAGACGGUUCCAACAGAAAUUACAACAACAAUUAUCGCCCUAAUCAGGGGGGCGAUAAUUUCAAUAAUUAUAAUGGAAACCGACUUCAUCCUAAUCUCUCUUAUUCUAACAAUAAUUACUUGCAACCCCCCGCAGGAUUUAAUGUUAGCAAGGGAGGAGUAGUUGAGACAACCAAGAAGGAGGAAAAGUAUGAUCAAGGGAUCACAAGGAUCUUGGAAGUAAUCACGCAAGACAGAAAGGUUAAUGACACCAAGAUCGGAGUGGUCGAAGUUAGAAUAAACAACCUCGAGCAGGAGAUGAACACGAUCUCAACUGCCAUAGCCAACAUCAACACUCAAAUGGAACAAAUCCAAAUGAAGUUGGAUGAAGACAGGGCAAAGGCAGCCGCACGAGUGGAUGACAUCAACAAGAAGUGGGUGGCAAAGCAGAAAACUGGGGACUGCCCAGUCGCCGGCGGACCGCCGCAACCAACGCAGCGGGCCGCCACUGAAGUACCGAAUGGAGUCUGCCCAGCCGCCGGCGGACCGCUACACAUCCUGCGGCGGGCCGCCACAGACAAGGCAGAAACACCCACUCAGCAAGGACUCGUGCGGCACUAUGGGAUUGUGCUACCUUUCCAACCAAAGAGGAAGUUUAAGCUCGAAGAGCAGUUCAAAUACUUUUUGAACAUGUUUUGUAAAAUUCAUACUAACAUUCCUCUAGUUGAAUCGUUGCAGGAAAUACCUAAGUAUGCAAAGCUACUAAGGGAGGCGGUGAUGAGCAAGAGAAAACCAACAAAAUCCGACCUUAAGCUACCGCAUCACUGCAGCGAGAUCAUCCGAAUGGAAAAGGCAGUGAAGCAGAGAGAUUCGAGCCAAUUCAUUAUCCGAUGCCGGAUUGGAGAGGGAAAUGUUGACAAGGCCCAAUGCGAUCUAGGAUCUUUCAUCAAUCUCAUGCCACUGAAGUACUACGAAAAGCUCAACAUUGGGCCACUCAAAACUUUAGACGUAAUACUUAGGUUGGCCGAUAACUCGUCCAUAAAAGCUGUAGGUAUGAUUGAGGAUGUCUUAGUUAAAGUCGAUGAUUUUAUUUUUCCUGCCGACUUUAUUGUGCUUGACAUGAAAGUAGACAAGAACGUCCCUCUAAUCUUAGGGAGAGAUUUUCUUGCUACCUGCAAAGCUUUGAUUGAUGUAGGUCGUGGAGAGAUCAUAAUUAGCGAUAACUAUAGCCAAUCCACCUAUAAGAUCGAGAGCGAGAUGCUCAAGUUUGAGGAAGCAAAGUGGGCGAAGAUGGAACGACAGUGCAGGGCAAUCAUGGUCACGGAUGUGACCAAACCCCAAGACCCCUUUGAAGUUGAGGAUCCUACUAUCUCCACUAUUUACAUUGUCAAAGAGGUGAGACGUUCCCCUAAAAAGGACGAUACUAACUCCUCUGCCUCUAUCCCACAGAAGAAGAAGCAAUAA